AACAAAUUCAUUUGCCUUUGUGUCUACUAUUCUUUCUUAACUCGUUGCUUUUCGUCGAAGAUCUCUCUAACUUUCCAAGAUGUCAGAAACACCCUUCUAUCCCCGAGAAAAGCUUGCUGCGAAGCAAAAGUAUUUCCAGAGUGUUCACAAGUAUACACACCUGAAAGGUCCCGUUGACAAGAUUACCUCAGUGGCCAUUCCACUUGCUUUGGCAACUACAGCUACCUUCAUGAUUGUCAGGGGGAUCUACAAUAUGUCUCAUGGCAUUGGCAAGAAGCAGUAAAAUGGUGACUUCUCCGCGAUCAUUCCGAGGAGAUUCAAGCACAAAAGAGAUUUUUUGAGUUAUUCACAUUGAAAGUUUUGAUGUUCUGAAGCUAAUAAUUGGUUAGAUGCAGCAGACAAUGCAGCCUGCACAUUGAAAAGUUUGAUGUUCUAAAGCUAAUAAUCAAAUUUUUUUGUGCAUCUGUAACUGCCACAGUUGAGACAUUACUCUAUUUUUUGAUGAAAAUGUUACUGUUUAAUAAUUAAAACAGAGUGGAACUAUGUACCCCUUA